UAACUGAAGCCUAAAAAUACCAAUUUAAUAAGAUUCUGUCAAACAUUUUAAUUAUGAAGCAAAAAAACAGAAACCUUGUGGUGGUCAAUAUUCUCAUAAUCCAUUGGCAUAGUGUUGCAGUAACCCAUGGCAACUGCUUCUGUGUCAACAGAAAUCUUGGACAGCUCCUGUGUUCAAUGAAGGUGCAACGUUAUUGGCUGACCGAAUCAAUGACUCACAAACUUCUUUAUCUAUUAUGCAUGUCAGUUCACCUUAACUGUGUUCUUAGAUUCAUUCUUAGGUAUACACAGCUUGGUGCUAGCUGGUCUUUGUUAACAAGGGACAAAUAAUCUUCUGGGAGAAAGAAGUUUAAUCGAAAAUGGAGCUGCUUGGAUCAACUCGGACUGCAACUUAUGCACGGCCAAAAACCAGCCACUUCCUUCCUGCCAUCUCCACUAUGGCAUCAAGCUACCGCAACCCUCAGCCACUCUUGGCGAUGAAUCCCAGUGCCAAUAUUUGGAGAACCAACAGCUAUUACAAGAGCAGCAAUGUUCUCCCUUUGACCUCCUCCACACAGCAUAGUAAUUUUGAUCUGGUUCGAGCCAAAACCAAUUUCUACCCCUCUAACAGGACCACACUAACUACCCGCUACACCCCUGAUGAUUGGUACAAGUCCAACCACAUCAAUUACAGGGAGUCAGAGUCGUCACGGAAGAGCGCUGAACGACUGAGGAGAGACACCAUCAGGUUGAUGCAGGAUAAAGAGCAGCUGACCAGAAGAACGCAGGAAAACACCAGCAAGAAUAUUGGAGAAAGGCUAAAUGAUAUUGUCUUCUGGAGGUCUGAGCUCAGCCAUGAGAUUGACAACAUGGUGACAGAGAUAGCGGCACUCAAUGAAGUGAAAAGAAGGCUGGAGAGAGCCUUGGCAGAGACUGAGGGGCCCCUUCAGGUGGCUCAAGAGUGUUUGUACCACAGAGAGAAGCGGAUGUCCAUUGACCUGGUACACGACGAUGUAGAAAAAGACCUAACAAAGGAAGUGGAGGUUAUAAGGUCAUGUCAGGAGCGGAUGAGGCGCCAUCUGGAGAGAGCCACCGCUCAGCUGGCGUCAAAUCGAGGUGCCCAACAUGAGCUGGAAAAAGACUUGGGAGACAAAGUAUCUGCUCAAAGGAUUGAUGAUAAGUGUCACCAUUUGCGGAACACAUCAGACGGUAUUGGCUUUUACAGAGGAAUCGACAGAAUAGAUUACUCAGUUUCUCUGCCGGACUCAUGGUCAAAGUUUACAGACGACAACAUCCUUCGCUCCCAGAGCGAGAGGGCGGCCUCUAACAAACUCAGGGAUGAAAUAGAAAUCUUGCUAAGCACAACGUCCAAUGAAAUGUGGAACCAGUUCAACAGUGUCAAUGUUGCCUUCACCAACCGCAUCUCUGAAACAGCUGAUACCAAGAACAACCUGCAGGCACACCUAGCUAAGACUUUGCAGGAGAUGUUUCAGACCGAGCUGCUGAUUGAGUCUCUAAAGAAAGCUCUAAGAGACAAAGAGAGCCCGUUAAAAGUAGCUCAAACCCGGCUGGAGGAGAGAACACGGAGGCCCAACAUAGAGCUUUGCAGAGAUAAUCCACAUCACAGGCUUGUGGUUGAGGUAAGAGAGAUUGAAGAUACUAUUCAGAAACUUCAGGAAAGACUGAUGGAGGCAGAGAACACCCUGCAGACUCUUGCAAAGACAAAAGUGACCCUGGAGCACGAUCUGUCCAUCAAGGCCAACUCUCUGUUCCUGGAUCAGGAGAAGUGCAUGAGCAUGCGGAAGACCUUUCCUAGCCUUCCUCGCCUGGUGGGGUACACUUAAAUCAGACGUUUAAAAAUCUGAAUUUCAGAGGAACAGGAUGCACAU